AUGGCCAAGUAAAUAAUUGAAGUCAAUAUGGACCUAAUAGUAGCAACCUGCAGUAGCAAUAACAAAACAAUGGUUAAUGGCCUUAAAAUUAAAAAUUCCAACAAAACAUAAUCAAUAGUAAUGCCAAUCAAUUUGCAGCAAUAGCUAAACAUAUAAUAGCAGCAACAGUAGCAGUAGUAACUCUAAUUACAGCACCAACAGCAAAUGCAAACUUAGCAAUAGCAAUAGAUGAUUGCAAAAGGUAGAUAAAAUGAUUUGAGUCUAAGCAGUCCUGCUGGAGGAGUAUCUUAGCAUUAGCAAUUUCAGUCUUAGUCUCCUAAUAGAUCUUCGCAGAUUUCGGCAAAUGACAAUAAUAUAGUCAACAGUUAGUUCAAUAACAUCAACAGAAGUCAGGGCAGUUUUAGCAUAGGCGCAAAUACUAGUAUAAUCUAAGAAGCACACAAUGAUAGUCUAAGCAGUUUGAGCAGUUAAUAUGAUCUACUCGAAAAUGGAAUGAUGCUGAGUGCUGCAGCAGCGGCAAAUUUACAAUUAUUCAGCAACCAAGCAAAUUAAAACACGAAUUUUAGCAACAAUAAUAGUAAUGGAUCAGGAGGCAACGAUAGUCAAUAUGGCAUUAGUUCAUUAUUCAAUUAAUUCUAGCAGUAAUCUCAGCUACAAUUCAAUGUUUUUGACGUAGAACUAAAAUCAGACUAUGAUUCAAGUCAUAUUCUAAGUAAAACUCUCAGUAUCGAGCCUAAAAGCAACAAAGAAAACUAGAGUCAGCUAGCUAACGAGUUAUUAUAUUCGAGCACAGAUAUUUUUAGGUCGCCUAAUUUUGACUUACUAAGUUUCGAGGAGCAGAUUCUAAUGAAUUCCUUCAAGAAUCCCGCUAGUUACGAAAUCAACGUCCCCUCAAUCAAAACCCAAACAUUAAAAAGUUUUGACCCGAAUAUUCUUUUCUAUAUCUUUUACAACUUCCCUCAUGAUAAACUAUAAAUAGACUCACAUAAUGAACUGAUCAAUAGAGGGUGGAUGUAUCACAAGGAUACCAGCAAGUGGUACAUUUUAGCAGCAGAUGAGCAAUAGUCUCCACCAUAGUAGCAAUAAACUAUAGCAGCAGCAGGGUCUAAUCGCAGAAAGAGGACGAUGGUUUAAAGUCUUACAAAAUGCUGGUAUAUCUUCGACACAGAAAUGUGGAAAAGAGUUAAAUGCUCUAGCAGUAGUGAGACAAUGUAAAUACCACCAACAGAGGAACUUAAUAGUUCUGAGAUUCAAAUUCAGCCUUAAGCUUAAAUCAAUACAACCAACUCAAAUUAGCCUAAAACUGCACAGUUAAGUAAUAGUGAUUCAAGCAGCAGUGUAAAUGGACAAGGCAUCGGGAGAGGGAGUAUAAUAAGAAGGAAACAAACCCAAAGAGGAGGGAGACCUGCUACUAUGGGUGAAUUUGGAGGUACAGUAUCGAAUCAAUCUGUAGAUAGAUUUGAAGAAGCAUCUUCCAACAUCUCUUAUAAAUCUCUUGUAAUUACUCAUUAAGAUGAUUGA